AUGUGCUGGGUGGCAAGCUACAUGCAUCACACCCCACUCGCUUCCAGUUUGGCUGUAAAUGAUCUCAAGCACGGAAGGCAAGACCAGCGGGGCAACUUCCGCAACGUAGGAAGGAAGGCACCACGACGCAUGAGGCAAUGGCUGCCUGCCUUCCCUCACGGGCGACUUCAAGGUGCUCCCAACUUCUUAUAUAAACCUCUUCUUCCCACCACCUCUUCCAGCCUUUCUUUUCUUCUUCAUCACACUCACAAACAAACAAUCUCAAUCAACUUUCACAAACAACCAACCAAAUCAAACAACCCAACCAUCAAAAUGGACACCAUCAAGAACGCCGCCAACUACGUCUCCGAGUCUGUUCAGCAGGCCGGUGCCACCGCCUCCAAGGAGACCAACAAGCAGGUCGCCAAGGAUGACAACGUCUCCAUCGGCAACCGUGCCUCCGCUGCCAAGGAUGCUGUCAGCGACAAGGUCGACGAGCAGAAGCACGACUUCAAGGGCGAGGGCUACAAGGAGUCUGCCAAGCACUAAAUCUCUCUUAUGAUACCCCAACAAUUGUCAAGGGAUUCAAGGAAAGGCGUUUGGAACGGAACGGGAUCAGCAAUGAGGCAAUGACGCCUGGGAACGAUUACGGAUUCUUCACCUAGAAUAGCCAUAAUGCCACUACAUUGCUAAGUCAACAAAAUGUGUCUUUUAUGCAAACGUGUC